AUGUUGACAUUUCAUAUCGGCUACUACUGGUCCGCUGGCUAUCUAAAGGGUUUGCUUUGCUUGCUUCAAAAUUUUGAGGCUUUCCUUAAGCCACUAUGGAAGAUGAACAUGAACAUGAACAUACGGGCCAGUUUUCCGCUGAAGACCGCAGUGAACAAGUAAAUUCUCAGGACUGUUCGGAAAUGGAACAACAAUACGGUCAGUAACUCUUUGCAAUGCAUGGCUUCAAGAUCGAGUGACUCGCCGGAAGCACCGUCCGAACACCUUUCCGCAGAGUCGAACGCAUGCUGUGGGACGAUGGAAGAUUCCUUUGAGGAUCAUGAUUCUCUCCAAAUUGUCGACGAUGGCCAAGAGCCUGUGCCAUCGCCUUCUUCUGGUUAUGCAGACAAGUUCUCUGCUGUCAAUGAAACGAGUGACGAUGGUAAGCUGCAUCGUUCACUGCAAAUAUUGUGGUCAAGAUUACGGAAGGAGGGGUGCAUCGUGGAUGCUGCUCAGGUCAAGCCUACACGCAGGAAACUAAAAUGUUUUGUGGAUCGUUGCGUAUACAAGGGUGGCCCGUUUGACAGCAUACAAUUGAGAUGCACUCUCCCAUCUAAAGUUGAACUCGCCAUCCAGUGGAUUUGUAUCUGUGUGUCGGACAUCAGUCGCCAAAACGACUACAUCAUCAAAUUCAUCAACCAUCUUAGAACUGCUACCGGUGAAUCGUCACCACCAACUCUUAUCGCUUCACGUGAACAGCUGAUAUCUUUCCCUUUUCGAGUGUGUUGCCGUCAUUUUUCUACAGAACCCGGUGAUCCAGGUACUCAUAUAGCGCCCAUGUAUCAUCUUCCCGGCAAGUUGCCAAUUUCUCGAGAUGAGUUGCAGUCAAAAUUACGUCGUCGCUAUUUAUUCCUGUCUGAAAUGGGCUAUGAAGAUCUCGAAAUAGACAAAUUAGAGCCUAAUGGUGUUUUGCCACUACCUUCAGAUGGUCCGCUUUCCUGCAGUGUUCCAGGCUGUCGUUAUAAAUCCACCGACAUUUCUAUUUUCACUGGCAGAUGCAUGAAGAUGUUCACAGUUCCAGUAAAUAGUGUUGACCAUGGAAAGUGGCGCAUAGCCAUACAAAUGGGCCUUGGUUUGCCUAUUCCGUUUAAUUUCACUUUGCCGGAGGGUGCACACAUCUGCGAAAUGCAUUUCACGGAUGGAAAACGCUAUUCGAGAGGUGUUAUGAAGGAUCCCUCCGUAUUUCGCCGGCUGAUUACAGACGGUAUCAACAGUUCACUAAAUCGGUUGGGGCCCCUUCGUUUGGGACGAUGUGCUGUUAAUAAUUGCAUCUAUAACGAAGAGGACACUGUUUGUGUUCCUUUCCCUAAAUCGAAAGAUCCUCUUUACGCUCGAUGGGUCAUCGCUCUUUCUGAAGCUGACGAAUCCUUCCGGUACAAAGAAGGCAUAGCUGUUUGUACGCGGCAUUUUUCGAAUAAAGAAAGCGCUGGCCUUAUUCCAGCAUUGUACCUUGGAAAUGAAGCUUGGACGGAUCGUCUUGGAAAUCGAUCGCGUCUAAAGAAAAGGUGUGUUGCUUCGAUUCUAUUUGUCAAAUAG